CAAAAAGGGGAAACAAAAAUUACUGAGAAUGGACUGAUUCAAUAAAACUGGGGUUCUAGGGUUUUUGAAGUCGGAGAUGGGAGGCCGUUCGACGUUGGCGGGAAUGGAAGUUCCGAUCAUCGGCAGCGACUCCGUUAGGUGGGUUGAGCUGUCUGUCCCUUCUUCUUCUUCCUCCUACGGCACUGCUGCUUCACCGCCUUUCGCUCCUCUCACCGAGGAUUACGCCUCUUCCUCUGUCAUUAAAGAUCCUCCUAUCCAUCUCAUUUGGAGAAUUCACAAGACCCUUCCUUAUGCUCUCGAAUUACUGGAGCUCUCUGCUAAUAAAGACUUUCCCACGAUUGGACUGCGAAUAACUUUCCCAGCACCGCUCUCUCCCUUUGCUUUUGUCUGCAGAAAUGAGAUUUCUUACUCUGCCAAACACCCUUACGUGGUCUAUUCAUUGACCAUCACGGGAGUCGCUUACCUUCUCAAACUCGGAAACAUUUCUACUUAUGCGUCCAGCUCCGUCUUCCCACCAGAUGAGCUUUUAGAGUUUAAUAUUCACGCCUUUUCCAAUCAUGGAGCGAUAACAACUGUAGCAGCAACAGCGGGAUGUCAUGUAGUUGGGUUCAGCGAUGGAUCUGUUAGUUGCUUCCAACUUGGCAUACUUGACCAGAGUGCUCCUGGUUUUGUACAUGAGCUGCAGGAUGAUUCAGGAAUUGGCCGUUUGUGGGGUAUCAUCUCGAGAGGUAGGAUUGUUGGGGCAGUGCAGGACUUACUUAUAUCUGAGGUGCAUGGAAAACAACUUCUAUUUGUACUUCAUUCCGAUGGGAUCUUACGAGUUUGGGAUUGUAAAAGUUAUAGCAAGAUCUUUAGUCAUACAAUGAGCAAUCCAGGACUGGCAGUUUCGGGAGCUACUUUUAGAAGGUUAUGGGUGGGCCAAGCUGACAAUAAGACGAGUGUAAUUCCAUUGGCAAUUUUAUUCAAUCAAACUUCGGAAGUCAGCUCGGAGAUGAUUGAUGUAUAUGGUCUGCAUUGUAAUUUCGGUGACAGGACUGUAAUAUCACUAGAGCCUUCUGUUCAACAUAUGCGUUUGGAGGAGGGGAGAUGCAUUGAUGUCAAACUUACCUCAGACAAGAUAUGGAUACUGAAAGAUACUGGAUUGGUGUUUCAAAGUUUGUUUCCAACUGUUAAUGUGGAAGAAGAGCAAUGUUUUGCUUUGCAGGAAGAAUUUGUUGCUGAUCAGCUAUUUCAAAGUCCUGAACAAUCUUUGGAUGACCUUCUUUGGAUAACGCAUUCAGUAUUUUCAUCUGCAAAGGAUCAUAUGGUGCCAUUUGUGUCUUCAAUUUUCUUACGCAAGCUGCUUUGCCCUGGGAUUUAUCAUAAUAUUUCUUUGCGUGCAACUUUGCUGGAUUACAAUAGGCACUGGACUGAUUCAGAAUUCCAGUCCUUAACUGCUGAUGGAUUGAGAAAGGAAAUUCUUUCACUUAUUGAAUAUGAGGGUUCGACAGAAAGUCUGACAAUAUCUUACUGCUGGAAAAAUUUCUGUACACGAUACUUCCAUAACUGGUGCAAUUACAAUGCACCAUGCAGUUUGCAUCUUGACUCUUUAUCAGGUGCUGUUGGUUUAAUCAGAAAGAAUUCAUUCUCUCUUUUUCGUGGUCUGGAGGAUAUUGAGCGGCUUAUCAAUGGUUCUUCUGAUGAGCUUGGUGAUCUUGCAAGCUUUGGGUUGGAUUUAUUUGAUGAUGAUCUUGAAUAUGUGAUUCUUAGUGACAUGCUCAGAUGUGUUAUUAGCAUCAGUCGACGAUUGAGCAAAACCGCUUCUGCUGUAUUUUUUGAGUCGCUUGUUAGUACAUCACUUAUAUCGUCUGAAGAAGUUCUUCCUUGCCUGCUGAAGAUGCUUGUGACUGGAUAUGGUUCAUCAGUAUCGAAGCUCCAUAUGUCAGAUAUUGGAGCUGAUAUUGCUUGGGAGAAGAAACUGGCAGACCACAAAACUCUUCGGAAAUUCUCUAUUGACAUGCUGGUAUCACUUCAUACAUUGUGCCAUAAAGCUGCCACUUGGGGCAAAGUUUUGAAUGUCAUAGAGAGCUUUCUAAAAUUUCUUGUACCUCGCAAGAUCACACAUAAUUUUGAUGCUGAAAUAUUAUCAAGUGUAAAUGCCUCCGUCUUGGUCCAGGCUACUACUCAAAUUUCGAAGGUGAUGUUUGAGUCUGCACUGGAUAUGCUUCUGUUUCUAAAUUAUCUGGUGAAAAUCAGUGGGCAGAUCCAUAUGCCGCAUGAUGAUAUAUCUAGAAUACAACAUGAGCUGGUCCCAAUGAUAGAGGAAAUUGUUUCUGAAUGGGUCAUCAUUCAUUUCUUUGCUACCACACCAUCUCAACUUGCUGCAAUUGAAGACUUCAGUUCUCAGCUUUCAUCACUACAAAUUGACAGCAACGUGUGUAGAAGAUCAUGGGAUGAGAAGCUUGGAAAAUGUCACUUCACCUUGGCUUUUAUACUCGUACUAAGUAUUCAAAGUUCCUCAGUACAGCAUAAUCACCUUUCUUCAAAAAGUCUCCCUAAUUCGCUUGAUAUUAUGAAUUCAAUGCGAGACUUUAGUAGCUGGAUCAUUUGGGGCAAGUCUGGAGAAUCUUCUGCUUUCUUGAGCCAUUCCACUGAGCUUGCACUGAUCCUGCUUAGGCAUGGCCAAUAUGAUGCUGUUGAGUAUCUACUCACAACUGUGGAGUCACAUUUAAGAAAAGAGAAGACAUCUCAAAGUAUUCAAGACACUGAUGGCCGAUGGUGCGUUCUUCAUCAUCUUCUAGGAUGUUGCCUCCUUGCUCAGGCACAAUCUGUGGCACAUGGGGUGGUGAAAGAGAAGAAAGUCAAUGAAGCUGUUCGAUGUUUCUUCUGUGCUUCAUCUGGAAAAGGCGCUUCCCAGGCUUUGCAGAGUCUGUCUGAUGAACUAGGAUUUCCACAUCUUGGUUUCUCUGGUGCAUCAGAUGCCGCAUGGAAGUUACAUUACUACCAGUGGGCAAUGCAGAUAUUUGAGCAAUAUAAUAUUGGUGAAGGGGCUUGCCAGUUUGCACUUGCUGCACUUGAACAAGUUGAUGAAUCUCUAAUUACUAAAGAUUGCAAUUAUGAUAGAGAUCCAUUGUGUGAAUCGGCUGCCACUAUUAAAGGACGACUUUGGGCUAAUGUCUUUAAGUUUACUUUAGAUCUCAAUCGCUUUUAUGAUGCAUACUGUGCAAUAAUUACAAAUCCAGAUGAGGAGAGCAAAUACAUCUGCCUGAGGCGUUUCAUAAUCGUUCUUUACGAAUGCGGUGCCAUGAAGAUUCUUUGUGGUGGUCAACUACCCUUCAUUGGCUUAAGUGAUAAAGUGGAACAAGAGCUUGCCUGGAAGGCAGAGCGUUCUGAUAUUUUGGUGAAGCCAAACUUAUUUAAGUUGCUAUAUGCAUUUGAAAUGCAUCGACAUAACUGGCGAAGAGCAGCCGGCUACAUGUACCUAUAUUCAGCUCGUUUGAGAAAUGAAGCAGUUCUGAAAGAUUACCUGAACACUUCCCUGGUGCUGCAAGAGAGGCUGAAUGGGCUCUCUGCUGCUAUCAACGCGUUGCAUCUUGUUCAUCCUGCAUAUGCUUGGAUUGAUCCUUUGCUUGAGGGAAACUCUCUUCAAAACGAGCAUUUUCCUCGUAAAAAGGCUAGAACAAUGGAGGAACAGACGGCAGCUGGCAAUGAUGUUCUGCCUCAAAGGCAGCAGUAUUAUAUUGAUAUUGAGAAACUUGAGAAUGAGUUUGUGCUAACGUCAGCAGAAUAUUUGCUUUCAUUGGCAAACAUCAGAUGGACAUUUACUGGUAAAGAAGUUCAUAGAGCUCCAUCGGAUUUGGUUGAUCUUCUAGUCCAGAGAAAUUUAUACGAUAUGUCUUUUACGGUUCUCUUAAGAUUCUUCAGGGGUUCAGCGUUAAAAAGGGAAUUGGAAAGAGUUUUUUCUGCUAUGUCAUUGAAAUGCUGUCCAAAUAAAGUAGAUUCUUCAUCUAUUCGGGAUGAUCUCAGGACACAGGGUCUUUUGUUGACGUCAUCUAAGAAUGAAGUGGUUAUCCAUGGUUCAGCCAAUCUGGUUCCGGCAACUCAACAAUAUAAGGGGAAUAGUGAAUGGGAAACUCUUGAGAUUUAUCUGGAAAAAUAUAGGGGUUUUCAUGCCAAGUUACCAGUAAUUGUUGCUGAAACUCUUCUUUCUGCAGAUCCUGAGAUUGAAUUGCCUCUUUGGCUGGUUCAAAUGUUUAAGGGUGGUCGACGAGAGAGGACAUGGGGGAUGACUGGUAAAGAAUCAAAUCCUGCAUCCUUGUUUCGGCUCUAUGUUGAUUAUGGUCGAUAUACAGAGGCUACAAAUCUGUUGCUUGAUUACAUAGAAUCAUUUGCAUCAGUGAGGCCGGCAGACAUAAUCAAUCGGAAAAAACCUCUUGCAGUUUGGUUUCCAUACACAGCAAUUGAGCACCUAUGGUGCAAACUUGAGGAAUUCAUCAGUUCCGGUCGCAUGGUAGACCAUUGUGAUAAGCUCAAAAGGCUCUUACAUGGAGCGUUGCUGAAGCAUCUUCAGCUGCUAAGGGUGGAUUCAGAUGAUGUGCCUUCUGCUGCCCAUUAAAAAGUUGCGGCCAAUUUUGGUGACUAUCUGGACACGCUAAAAAAUUGGACGUUAGGGAGCAAAGGAUGCAUUCUGACACUCAGUGCCCAGUUGAAGGCAAGUCUCAUUUUCUGAGUGCAUAAAUUCGCAGCAGUUUCCUUCGUAGAGGGCAUCUGUGGGUUUAUUUAUUGCUAUUAUUGUUAGUGGAGCAACCGAUACAUCUUGGCCUCGUUGCAGAAUCGGUAGAAAAGGCCUAAUUAUGUGAAUAUUGUGGAAGAGUUGAAGGCAUCGCUGCCCCUUAUGUUGGUGACAAACCCAUAUGAUGAGAGAAAAUCUACUUGUGGGUCUUUGCAUUUUUUAUUGCCUUCAUGGCUGUCUUGAGGAUUUAUGAAAGGAAUUGGGGCUAGGAUUAUUUUUUCGUUGAAAAAAAGCAUGGGUUGACAUUUGGAGACCUAAGCCUCUCUUGGCGGUUGGGGGGAGACUGGAGACUUGAGAGUUUCGUCUUGCCCAACACCUGGUAGCAGCCCCCUCAAAGCUGGCUUUGAGUUCUAGUCACUAAUGUAGAACUUUCGACGGUUCGUGCCUUGCAAAUAUGGGAUGAUUUUAAUUUUCCAGUUCAUCUUUUGUUGGCAGAUGUUAUUUGGUAGAUAAUUUUAACAGUUUUGGAAGAUAAUUGUUUGAUAUUCAAGAACA